GCAAGAGAUGGGCACGGUGACGAUAACAGUGGCUAUUCAAGCGGCAGAGGACGAGGAACCCGAAGAAUUUUCUUCCAACAAUAUUGACUUCCUCGGAGGCAGUUGUAGCGAGGAUGAAAUCGGAAGACACGACAAAUCGAGAAGUCCCGGGGAAGCUGUGGGCUCUUGCCAGCUGUGUGGUCAGCAGGCUGGAAAGCUGUUGACUGAGGGUGUGCGAGGGAGGAAAGGAGGGAGGAUGCUAGAGGAGUUGAUGAGUCAUCCCACAAAAUUUCAUUCAGACCCUCACUCCUCACUCUAAUCUGCAAGGCGAACUUACUGCGCAGCUUCACAGUGUCAGCCAGGUGUCUGACUGAGAUCAAAUUGUGCCUUAACUCUCAGCUCUGCAGUGAUUCUCGACCAGUUUUUGUAAAUUGUGUUAAGUGGAUUUAAUAAGCCACCAUAUUCUGUGUGGGAGGGCGAGCCUGUGACUCUGCAUCCUUCAGAUGGAGAGGUCUUGGCAGUUUCAAGAUUGAUAGGGCGCUGUCGUGUCGAGGUCUGGCACUGAGGUAUGGUGACUGUGGCUAGAGAUUCAGCUUGUCACUGCUGUAAGGAAAACGUAAAAGGGGGGAAGUAAACAGCAGCAGAGUCAAUCUCAUUUCACUCAAGCAUGCUGCAGAGGGAAAUGCCAGAAUGAGGAUGAAUUCCUGCCAACAACUUGCAAGCCUGGGGCUUAUGGUAUUAAUGAAAGUGAAAUGUGUAACAGUUGUAAUUCUGGCAUUUGAGUAUAUGAAGCAUUCUACUGUUUUUCAGUGAUCGAACUAGAGAAUAAUCCGCUGACCAUUAUGCAUGUUGUCUUUCCUACACACAGUGGUGCGGGGACCAGUGGAGGGGAGUUGGAGGAGGAGAGCUGGCAGCCCCCAGAUCAAGAGCUCAUUCAAAAGUUGGUUGCUCAAAUCGAGUACUACCUGUCUGAUGAGAACCUGGAGCAUGAUGCCUUUCUGCUUAAACACGUCAGACGCAACAAGCUUGGGUUUGUCAGUGUCAAGUUGCUCACCUCAUUCAAAAAGGUGAAGCACUUGACCCGUGACUGGAGAACAACUGCUUAUGCUCUGAGACACUCAAAGAUACUUGAGCUGAACGAUGAGGGGCGAAAGGUGCGACGCAAGUCCGCAGUGCCAGUCUUUGCCAGCGAGUCAUUGCCUAGUCGCAUGCUUCUGUUAAGUGAUUUGCACAGGUGGCCAGAGUUGGCUGCUCUCGCAGGAGGCACUAAGGAUAAUGGAAGCAGUGAGGGAGGAGCUACUCAGCAGGAGCAGCUGAUGAAGCUGUUGCUUAAGGCGUUCGGAACAUACGGCGCCAUCGCUUCUGUCAGAGUCCUAAAGCCUGGUAAGGACCUACCAGCUGACCUAAAGAGGCUGAGCGGCCGCUACACCCAGCUAGGCACAGAGGAAUGUGCCAUUGUAGAGUUUGAGGAGGUGGAAGCUGCUGUCAAAGCCAAUGAAGCUGUGGGGUGUGAGGACGGAGGGGCCAGCUUGGGGUUGAAGGUCGUCCUGAUUGGCACCAAGCCACCCAAGAAGAAAGUACCUAAAGAACGGCCGCGUGAGGAGGGAGGGAUGAGAAAAAGUCGUUCGCUCAACAGCAGAGUACGAGAGCUUCAGUACCACGGGGAUGACUCGGCCUGCAGCUCCUCAGAGACAGAGAGCACUCCCACGUCACCCAGGCUGGCCAGAAAGUCCCAGUCCUGCAACAAGCUCAGCCCCACUACUGCAGGCAUCAGCUUCCAGAACAAUCACCUGAGUCCUGGAAUGUCCCCACGUAACAGCCCCUGGUCAAGUCCUCGUGCCAGCCCAUGUCCUCAACGUAAAUCUCCUCAUUCCCACAAGUCUCCAUUAGUCAUUGAGGGCAGACUGAGCCCUGAGCCUGGGCGUCGCUGGGCUGAUUACUCCUCGGACAGUAGCCUUACCCCUUCAGGGAGCCCGUGGGUUCAGCGCCGCAAGCAGGUGGCGUCUCAGGAGAGCAGUCCAGUAGGCAGUCCGAUGCUGGGUAGGAAGAUCCAGAACGCCGACGGCCUGCCACCGGGUGUAAUGAGGCUGCCAAGGGGUCCUGACGGAACCCGUGGCUUUCACUGUGUCACUAUUGGUGAAAGGGGAAAGACUGCAGCCACUCAGACUUGAUCUGCGGAGGAUCCUUAUGCAUUCUUUAUCCCCCAGAGAUAAAACGAUGUUGGACAUUUGAGCUGUUCUUGGCCAUGUCACUCAGCCCCCACCCCACAUUUUGAGACUGUGUAGAUAUAUUUUUGUUGAGUGCAUCGGUUUUCAGUAUUUGUUAUAUUUUUAUACGACGUUUUGAGUUGACAUGGUAACAUUAGAGAUUUACUAAUGGCAAUUUGAGUGAAUAUGAAUUGAUAUUGGUUUGAGAGAUAACUUCACAGACACCAUUGAAAUGAAACAUUUCACCUCCAUCACUGUCUGAACUUGUUCUACAUGGAGCGGGUUGGGGAAGGAAUCUCACUUUCUUUUCUUUUUGUUCUUUUUUCCUUUUUUAAAUUGAAAAGUGUCCUCUGUCUUGACGUAUGCGUGUAAAAGCUCACAACAUUGUCUGUGGAUGCUGUGUAAAUGUGUAAGUGGUGUACCUGGCAUAGGCACAUGGACUUGAUAGAGAUAUCACCAUAUGCCUUUUUUCUCUGUAUUUGUCUACUGUGAGUUCCAUUUUUACAUGCUAUUUAAACUGAGGCCAUAAUCGCUCCACUGCCAUAAAGGUUGGACAGUUGAAAUUUGAUUUUUUUUAUUUUUGCCUUUUUUAAUUUCAAUCUUUUCAGUAUGCUUUGGCACUUAGUUGGGAAGAGUCUCUUCUAGACUUGUAAAUGUUUAUUUGUUGGGCAGGUAGCUGCUUUAUUUAUUUUUUUAGCUUUUAUUUUUAUUUUCCCUAGUCAUAUGUCAUACUGUUUUCAUCAGUCUAAGCUCACAGUGAGGUUUGAGGGAUGUUCAGGUCAGGCAGGUCUUAUGUUCUUGCCUUUACAUCUGAGCUGGGGUAUUUGUACAGUGCGAUUCCUAUUGUACAAAUAAAUCACUAAA